UGCAGCCAAAAUGUGCAUCACUGCGUUGUGAAUGGCAACAGAAUGAGAAAAUACAGAAUCCCUGGAUAAGACAGAGACUUCCCUCAGGAGUGUUCGACGAUCUCUGGAAUAUUUCCCUCAGCUGCUGUCUCGAGGUCCAUCCCUAUGGUGGCCAGCCAGCUGCUGGCCAUGGGUAACGGUUCGGUCAAAGCCCCCCGGGCGGAAGAGAACAGCUGCCUGCCCUCCAUCCACGCAGAUGCUCCUCACCUGGACUCUGACAUCCUCAGGGUGAGAAUUACCUAUCUGGAGACCGAACUUGCACGUCGAAAUCAAGAGUUUCAAACGCAGGAGCUCCAGCUGCGACGUCUCCAGAAGGAACUAGAGACGAAGGUCUCCCAGAUCGAGAAGCUCCAGGAUGCAAUCCAUUCCCACCAAACUGUUGGACUUUCUCCAACUGCCCUCUGCCACCACAGCUGCCGCCACUUCAGUGCCAUCAACCAGGGGCGCUUCCACAAGGUGGCUGUGGAAGUACAUCGUCGUCUCAGAGCAAAGGAAGGGGUCUCUGCGGAACCACCCUCUGCUGACAACUUCCUGUGGCGAUACAGGCCAUCAAGCGUGUCCACUGCCAGGACUGUCCACAAAAACUCCGACACCAAGAGACUUAUCAAUGAAGCCAUCUUGAGCAAUGACUUUUUGAAGAAGCUAGAGCCACAGCACAUGAGGGAGAUGGUGGACUGCAUGUAUGAGAAGGUUUACUCUGAGGGACAGCUGGUCAUCCAGGAAGGGGACGCUGGAAACUACCUGUAUGUCCUGGCAGAAGGUUUGCUGGAAGUCAUUCAGAACGGAAAGUUGCUGGGGGAGAUGCAUCCUGGCACGGCCUUUGGAGAACUGGCCAUUCUAUACAACUGUAAAAGAACAGCGACAGUGAAAGCUGUGUUACAGUCGCACAUCUGGACCCUGGAACGUCAGACCUUCCAGACUAUCAUGAUGCAGACCACACAGGCCAGACACCAGGAGUACUUCACCUUUUUGCGCAGUGUAUCUCUGCUUAAACAACUGCCUGAAGAGAAACUGGGAAGGAUUGUUGAUUGUCUUGAAGUGGAAUACUUUGAGAAAGGAGAGUAUAUCAUUCGAGAGGGUGAAGAAGGCAACACUUUUUUCAUUAUUGCAAAAGGACAGGUCACAGUCACACAGAGCUCCGAGGGAUUUACUCAACCUCAAGAAAUUAAGACCUUAGGAGUCGGUGACUACUUUGGAGAAAGAGCUCUCAUCAGUGAGGAUGUCCGCUCUGCCAACAUCAUUUGUAAUGAGAAUGACACACAAUGCCUGGUGGUGGACAGAGACAAUUUCAACCAAAUGGUGGGGACUUAUGAGGAGCUUCAGACUUACCUCAAGGAAUAUGUAGGAGAACUUUCCAAAAGCGAUGAGAGGAGACAUUUUCUACCCCACUCUCAGCAGAGUGACUCUCCAGAAGCUCAGGAGCUAAGCAGGCUAAGGGAGAGGACUGCUCGCAUUCCUGCAAAUCAGCCUUUCCAAGAACUUGAAGUCAUAGCAACUCUGGGCAUGGGAGGAUUUGGACGAGUUGAAUUGGUGAAACUAAAGGAUGAGGAGAGCACGUUUGCUUUAAAAUGUAUUAAAAAGAAGCAUGUUGUGGAUACCAGACAACAACAGCACAUCUACUCUGAAAAAAAGAUCCUUCAACAAACAAACUCUUCAUUUAUCAUCAGAUUAUUCCGGACAUUUCGUGACAAUAAAUACAUUUACAUGCUGCUGGAGGUUUGUCUCGGUGGAGAGCUGUGGACUGUGCUGCGGGACAUGAGUUGUUUUGAAGAGCAAACUGCCAGGUUUUGCAUUGGCUGUGUCCUGGAAGCCUUUGAUUAUCUCCACAGUAUGGGCAUCAUCUACAGAGACCUGAAGCCUGAAAAUCUGCUGCUUGAUGCUGAUGGUUACGUCAAAAUGGCAGACUUUGGAUUUGCAAAACAAAUUGGUAUUGGAAGGAAGACCUGGACUUUUUGUGGGACUCCAGAAUAUGUGGCACCAGAAGUUAUCAUGAACAAAGGUCAUGACUUUGGAGCUGACUGUUGGUCUUUGGGAAUCCUAGUAUUUGAACUGCUAACCGGCAACCCCCCCUUUUCUGGAUCAGACCCUAUUAAGAUUUACACAAUGGUCCUCCAUGGCAUCGAUAGGGUGGAUUUUCCCAAAAGAAUAGGAAAACGUCCAGAUGAUCUUAUAAGAAGGCUCUGCAAGUAUGACUUAACCCGGUGGAGAGGAUUGGAAACAAAAAGAAUGGUAUCAUGGACAUUAAGAAACACAAAUGGUUCCAGGGAUUCAACUGGGAAGGUUUGCAGGGUCGGAAACUGCCAUCACCACUGAAGAGAGAGCUGAGGGGGCCUAUGGAUCACAGUAACUUUGACAUGUUUCCACCUAACUCAGAGGAGGCUCCAGAUGAGUUGUCCGGCUGGGAUAAGGACUUCUGAGGACUGGAAUCUGUCUGACAAAACAGUGAAAUCAGACCAAGGCUGAACAGUUGACUUACUGGGUGGACAAUAGGGUGCAUGCUCUUGUUGAAGAGUGACUAAAUAAAACAAAGUUCUUCCUACA